CAUUUCCUAGCUUGGAGGAAUUGGAACUUGGUGGAUUGCUAAAUGCAAGUGACUUAUGGUGCAGUGAACUUUCGACCAGGUCAUUAUGUAAAUUAAGAUUCCUCAUGGUGGAAGACUGUCACAGAUUGGUAAAAAAUGUUGUUCCAGCUCAUUUAUUAGAAAUGUCACCCAAUCUAGAAAAAGUGGAAAUAUAUAACUGUGAUUUGGUAGAAGACGUAUUCGGAUUUGGAGGCCAGCACGGAUUUCCCCUUGAAAACAUACGAAUGCUAAUUGUUAGAUGUUGUGACAAAUUGAGAAAUCUGUUCUCUCCUUCCAUUGCUAGAGGUCUCGUGCAUCUCCAAGAACUAAUAAUAGAUGAUUGCUCAAUGAUGGAAGAAGUGGUUGCAAAUGAGGAUGGCGAACAUUCAGGAGGUGGUAGGAUUUACAGUACUCUGUUCCCUCAACUGAAGCAUUUGGAACUCAGAGGUCUAUCUUCACUUGGGAGAUUUUGCCAUGUUAUUCACGACUGGGAAAUGCCAUUUUUAGAUCACAUGGCUGUCCUUAACUGUCCUAAAAUGCAGACUUUCUCUCCUGGGUUCGUGCAUGCCCCAAACCUACAGUGUGUGAAAGUGGAAGAACAAAAUUGGUGGGAUUCAAAAGGAAAACGAGUAGAGUGCAUCUGGAUAGAUGAUCUCAAUAAGACCAUACAACACCUUUUUGAGAAGCAGCAAGAAGAAGAAGAAGAAGAAGAAGAAGAAGAAGAAGAAGAUGAGGAGUAGAAGGAGGAACAAUAACAAAUAGUAAGAAGGCUUGAGGAGGUGAUCAUGGAGCUUCCUUGGACCCUUUUUGUAUAUGUCAAAACUCUCUUUGUUCAUGAAGACUUGGCUUGGCUUGGUGUCUUAUUUAUGCCAUGGCUUGUAUCAUGUUUUGAGACA